AUGAAUUUCAAACUCUCCCGUAUCCAGCGGCUUAGUGCUGUAAUUGGGAUAUCAACAUCCUUCUUUAUAGCGGAAAUAGCUGUCGGUUUCAAGACUGGCUCUCUAGCUCUUGUUGCAGAUGCCUUCCAUUAUCUGAGCGAUAUUAUUGGGUUCCUUGUUGCGCUCGUCGCUGCCAUUGUGGAGCAAAGGCCCUCGCCACCUCAAGCACUCACAUUCGGAUGGCAACGGUCGCAACUUGUGGGCGCGUUUUUUAAUGGAGUCCUACUGUUCGGACUUGGAAUUAGUAUUUUCUUACAGUCUCUUGAACGUUUUAUCACGUUGGAGCACGUCCAACAACCAAAGCUCGUUAUGAUUGUUGGCUGCGUAGGCUUUGGCCUCAACAUUUUCAGUGUUCUAUUCUUACAUGGCAAUUCGGAGUCCGAUGCUUUAGUCAAUGAGAAGCAUAUCCUCCAUAAACAUUACCUAAAUUCUUCCACCACCAAGCCUAAAAAGAGGAAUUUCGACUUGGCCCUGAUGGGUGUCUUUAUCCACAUCAUGGGCGACUGCGCGAACAACCUGGGAGUCAUCAUCGCAGGUCUUGUUAUUUGGCUCGCUGAUUACAGGGCAAGGUAUUACGCGGACCCCGCUGUGAGUAUGGCUAUUGCGGUUAUGAUAUUCAUCUCAUCUCUUCCCCUAAUAAAGCGGAGUGGCCUCAUCCUACUCCAAAGCGCUCCGGAAGGUGUUGAGCAUGAGGAUGUGAAGCAUGACUUAGAACAGAUACCAGGCAUUCGCGCCAUCCACGAGCUUCACAUUUGGCGUUUGAAUCAGAAGAAAUCUCUUGCCUCUGCACAUCUUGUUUUGGAGGAUGAUGCUGAGUUCGAUUUCAAUAUGCUGGCCAUAACCGUCAACGAGUGCUUCCAUGCAUAUGGAAUUCAUUCUGUGACGCUUCAGCCAGAAGUAUCACCGCGAGAGAAGACAUGCGCCCAAGCCUCCGCAGAAGACAGAAUGGUGAAGGUGUCUAGUCAUGGAUUGGAAGAUGGCGCUAAGGGCCAAAAUCACAAGGCAGUCCUCAAUACUAAGUCUGGCUUUGGAAUGGUGGGUUGA